GUUGAAGCAAUCAUUUCAGGUGUUCAGCCUGGACUAACAAUGGUUGUGGGUCCUCCUGGAACGGGAAAGACUGAUACAGCAGUGCAGAUCUUGAAUGUUCUUUAUCAUAGUUGCCCUACUCAGAGGACGUUGAUAAUUACUCAUUCAAACCAGGCUCUUAAUGACCUUUUUGAGAAGAUAAUGCAGAGGGAUGUGCCUGCACGCUAUCUUCUUCGACUUGGUCAAGGUGAACAAGAGCUUGCAACUGAUCUCGACUUCAGCCGACAGGGCCGUGUGAAUGCAAUGCUAGUACGGCGACUGGAAUUGCUUAGUGAAGUGGAGAGGCUGGCAAGAUCUCUCCAAUUGCCCGAGGAUGUGGGUUAUACCUGUGAAACUGCUGGGUAUUUUUGGUUGCUUCAUGUGUAUUCGCGCUGGGAGCAAUUUCUUGCUGCUUGUGCUGGAAAUGAGGAUAAACCAUCUUUUGUAAAGGAUCGUUUCCCCUUUAAGGAGUUCUUUUCCAACGCACCUCACCCUGUUUUUAUUGGUGAGUCAUUUGAGGAAGACAUGCGGGCAGCUAAAGGGUGCUUUCGUCAUCUCAAAACUAUGUUCCAAGAACUUGAAGAAUGCAGGGCUUUCGAGUUACUCAAGUCAACAGCUGAUCGAGCAAAUUACUUGAUGACAAAGCAGGCAAAGAUUGUUGCAAUGACCUGCACUCAUGCAGCUUUAAAGAGAAAGGACUUUCUUCAAUUGGGUUUCAAGUAUGACAACUUGCUAAUGGAAGAAAGUGCCCAGAUUUUGGAGAUUGAAACUUUCAUCCCAAUGUUGCUGCAGAGGCAGGAAGAUGGUUAUGCACGGCUGAAACGCUGCAUUUUAAUUGGUGACCAUCAUCAAUUGCCUCCUGUAGUUAAGAACAUGGCUUUCCAAAAGUACAGUCACAUGGACCAGAGUCUCUUCACACGGUUUGUUCGUCUUGGUAUCCCUUAUAUUGAACUUAAUGCCCAGGGUAGAGCUCGGCCAAGCAUUGCAAAACUUUACAACUGGAGGUAUAGAGAUUUGGGAGACCUUCCUUACGUUAAAGAGGACUCAAUAUUUCAUAGAGCAAAUGCUGGAUUCUCCUAUGAAUAUCAACUAGUAGAUGUGCCAGAUUAUCAUGGUAAGGGCGAGACUGCUCCUUCGCCUUGGUUCUACCAAAAUGAGGGAGAAGCUGAAUAUAUUGUCAAUGUCUACAUAUACAUGCGCCUACUAGGAUAUCCUGCAAAUAAGAUAUCCAUUUUGACAACUUACAAUGGACAAAA